CUUCAGCGUUGUUUGAAAACAGCUGCAGACGCUCCGUCCUCCUCCUCCUGCUGCUGCUGCUGUGGAUCUCCGCUCAAUGAUGGCGAUGGAGAACCUGAGGCACUUCCUGGCCGCUCUGUCGGCCGCCGGAGCCGCGGGGUUCGUCGCCAUAAUAUUCGUGCUGAGGUGGGUCCUCCACUUUAAGGAGGGCUUGGCCUGGGACGGCGGACUGGCGGAGUUCAACUGGCACCCGGUGCUGAUCGUGACGGGCUUCAUUUUCCUGCAGGGCAUAGCCAUAAUUGUCUACAGGCUUCCCUGGACCUGGCAGUGCAGCAAACUCAUGAUGAAGUUCAUCCACGCGGGCUUGAACUUGGCAGCCUUCAUUUUCGCCGUCAUUUCCAUGGUGGCAGUUUUCGACUUCCACAACGCUGCCAAAAUUCCCAACAUGUACAGCCUGCACAGCUGGCUGGGCCUCACAGCGGUUAUAUUGUACGGCCUACAGCUUGUUCUCGGAGUCGGCCUGUAUCUGAUACCAGUAGCACCUGUAUCCUGGAGAGCAGCUUUUAUGCCCAUCCAUGUCUACAGCGGUCUUUUUCUUUUCACCAGCGUCAUAGCAGUGGCUCUCAUGGGCAUCACAGAAAAACUUAUCUUUGGCCUAAGCAACCCCAAGUAUAAGGACUCUCCCCCAGAGGCGAUCUUUGUGAAUGUUCUGGGAGUCCUCCUGGUUGUUUUCGGGGCUCUUAUCCUCUGGAUUGCCACUCGAACGUCUUGGAAACGCCCCGCUGACCAGAUCCUGCAUUCUCUGCAUACCAACAGGGGAGGUGAGGACAACAGCAAAGUUGGUCCGGCCCUGUCUGAACUGGGGGAUGGAGCCAAUGCGGAGCCUGAUGGGGAUGUCCGGAAGAGGACUAGUAAAUCAGAGAGCUAGGGUGACAAUUUGGAUCAUAGAAAUAAAAUAAUGCUGUGCUAAAAAUCUUGAAAUACCCCUCAUGUCUCUAAGGUUUGCCAGGAAAAUGUAUUGAAACAUGCAAUCAUCCGAAAAAAUAGACUUUAAUGAUUGCAUAAUUUUCAGAAUAUUCACCUUUUUGUCUUAAAGCACACGCUGUAUUAUUUCAUCAAACUCUUUUAUCAUCAGUGAUGUAAUUAGCGUGUCGGUUUACAUAGUUUAACGUUAAUUUAAUCCUGUUGAGUCUGAACCUUUGCAGAGACCAAACCAUAAAUGAUUGUGUUCUGUUGGCUUUUUCUUUUCAGUUUUCUAUGUUUCACUGCUUUGGCAUUUGCUCUGAAAUGGUUGCAAGCACCAUUUUUUUUGUCAGACCAAAAUUUGGAAAAAAUCCCUUUCUGUGUUUAGAUUUCUAGACAUAGUGAUACAGUCCCUAACAUUAGUUUACUCCCCAAAUCACGAAAGAGCCAAAAUCAUGCUUUACUGUAGUCAAAUUCAGUGUUAUACCUUGGCUCUAACUUCCUUUCUAAUUAUUUUAGAUAAUUUGAACCCUCAAACUGUAUGCAAAUUUGGAUAUUUUUUUUUUUGUCAUGCGAUUCAGUGUUUAUGAAUCUCCUGUUCAGCUGGCUUAUUUGAACGCUAGUUUUCUUUGACAUCCCCAAUGAGCGUUUCACAAACAUGGAUUGACGGGAUCUGUUCCUCUCGUCCUGUUUUUGUCUUCCCUGGAGGUAUUUCAAAGACUUAUUUUGCUGUUGUUCUUUUUCUUAAGAGCCUAAAGAAACAAUGUCCCUCUUUUUUUGUGCUAGAUUUUCUGUUAUGUUUAGACCCAACACUUUUUUUAUUAGGUGCCUUAUUUAGCAAGUUAAUGUUGAAACAAACAGCAAAAUAAAUGCCAAAGGAAUGGGGACGGUAAUAAUAAAUACAUUAAAAAGCAGCUAUUUCCACGUAGUGAAAUUAUUACUUGAGACAAAAAAACUAACAGGAAAAGCCAGGACUCAAGAGAUGAGGGGUGUUUCAAAACCUUUGCAAUGUAUUAUUUCGUUGUGAUAUGACUCUGCACAACUUGGAAGCUCCUUUGCCAAGAAAAUGGGACCGAAGUCACCCAAGGCUUUUACACUAAAAAUUAUUAAUACAAACCUAAAUGAUGAUGAAUGUAUAGGUAAACCAGCACAAACUGUUCAAAAAAGGUUAAAACAUUAGGACAAAAAUUAAAUUAGUUACUUUUCAUUUUGCACUACAAAGUGUUAUUGUAGUUUAUUUUAACCAACAUUUAUUGGUAUAAGUGGAUGUAAAUAUUUCUGAGCUAUUUUGUUACAGGAUUAGAGGCUCGUGUUAGAGGAGAUGCUAACGUAUAAACUCUAGAACAUAAUCCUGCAUUUAUGUUUUCUUUAUCCUACUGUAGAGGAUUUUUAUUGUUGUUUUUAUUUUUUUACCUUUUUGCCAACAAAUGAGUUUGUAAUAAAUCUGCUGUUGAUGAGUAACAUUGA